CUCCCUAACAGUGCUGUUACAACCUUACAGUUCUAUGAAUUAUCUGUGCAUAUUCUUUAUUUAAGGCAUAAUUCUAUGGAUAGAACGCAAAAAGAAGAAUAAAGAUCCCUUAUUUUUGUAAAACCAGGACAAAAAAUGAGCAACAUCCUCCAUGCGGCUUCUAAAGUGAGAUGGAAUCAGAGCACUGCGGCGAAACGAGCAGCCUUCCUGGCGGCCGCCGCAUACGGGGCGAAAACGCUUUACCCCAUUAUCUGCAAACAAAUAAAUCAACGGAAAUCAACCAAAAACGAAACAAACGCACCAGGACAUAAGAAUGGAUUGAUAUCUACUCACAAAUCCGCACCGGAGACUAUUUCAAGUCUUAAUAAAUCACCCGGCAUCAAUGCGGAAUUCUUCAAGCAGAUUCUUGAACUAGUUAAAAUCGUAUUCCCGAGGUUUGUAACUAAAGAGCUGGGAUUACUAUGUUUACAUUCACUCGCUUUGGUUUCAAGGACGUUUCUGUCUAUUUAUGUGGCCGGUUUGGAUGGCAAAAUCGUGAAAACGAUCGUAGAGAAGCAACCGCGGAAAUUCAUGAUCAAACUGAUGAAAUGGCUCCUGAUCGCCAUCCCGGCCACAUUCGUGAACAGCGCGAUCCGUUAUCUGGAGUGUAAGCUCGCGCUGGCGUUCCGCACGCGCCUGGUCGAUCAUGCAUAUAAAACAUAUUUCACCGAUCAGACCUAUUAUAAAGUCAGCAAUAUGGACGGGAGACUGGCGAACCCGGACCAGUCGCUAACAGAAGAUGUCAUGAUGUUCUCGCAGUCUAUUGCGCAUCUGUACUCAAACCUCACCAAACCCAUUCUGGACGUGAUUCUCACUUCAUAUACUUUGAUACAGACUGCGAGAUCUCGGGGUGCGAACGCGACCGGACCGACCGUCCUGGCGGGUCUGGUGGUGAUCGCCACGGCGAAGGUUCUGCGAUCCUGCUCGCCGAGAUUUGGGAAGCUGGUGGCGGAGGAGGCACACAGAAAGGGAUACCUGCGCUAUGUGCACUCCAGAAUCAUUGCCAAUGCAGAGGAGAUCGCCUUCUAUAGGGGACACAAAGUGGAGAUGCGGCAGCUACAAAAGUGUUAUAGCGUCCUGGCAGAGCAGAUGAACCUCAUUCUGACCAAACGCCUGUGGUACAUCAUGAUUGAGCAGUUCCUCAUGAAGUACGUCUGGAGUGGAAGUGGUCUGGUCAUGGUCGCCGUGCCAAUCAUUACAGCCACUGGCUUUGCUGACAAUGAACUGGCUGAUGGUCAGACUCAAGUGUUGGUGAGUGAGAGAACUGAGGCCUUCACAACUGCUCGCAAUCUACUGGCCUCCGGAGCGGAUGCCAUUGAAAGGAUCAUGUCUUCUUAUAAAGAGGUCACCGAGUUGGCGGGCUACACGGCUCGUGUGCACAACAUGUUCUUGGUGUUCGACGAAGUCCAAAGGGGAAUAUACAAACGUUCAUCUGUCGCCACAGGGGAGAUAAGCGAGAACCCACCUGAGAUGCACAUUGACGGUCCUCUGGAGAUCAAAGGCAAAGUUAUUGAUGUGGAUAAAGGUAUAGUGUGUGAAAAUGUGCCUAUAAUCACUCCUAAUGGGGAUGUGGUCGUGUCCAGCCUCAACUUUAAGGUGGAGGAGGGGAUGCACUUGCUAAUCACAGGACCAAAUGGAUGCGGGAAAAGUUCUCUGUUCAGGAUCCUCAGUGGCCUGUGGCCUGUGUACGGCGGCCUGCUUUAUAAACCCUCUCCUGAACACAUGUUCUAUAUUCCACAGAGGCCAUACAUGUCUAUUGGGACGUUACGAGACCAGGUCAUCUAUCCUGACUCUCUGGAUGACAUGCAUGAAAGGGGUUACAUAGACAAAGACCUGGAGGUCAUUCUGGACAUUGUAAAUCUAAACCACAUUGUUACCCGGGAAGGAGGCUGGGAUGCUGAGUUGGACUGGAAAGAUGUUCUUUCAGGAGGAGAGAAGCAGCGAAUGGGCAUGGCACGCAUGUUUUACCACAAGCCCAAAUAUGGCCUGCUGGAUGAGUGCACCAGUGCUGUCAGCAUUGAUGUAGAGGGUAAAAUAUUCCAGGCUGCAAAGGAUGCUGGUAUCUCCCUGCUGUCCAUCACCCAUAGACCCUCUCUGUGGAAGUACCACACGCACCUGCUGCAGUUUGAUGGGGAGGGCAGCUGGCGGUUCAAGCAGCUGGAUACGGCCACACGGCUCUCGCUGACGGAGGAGAAACAGCGUUUAGAAUCACAGCUCGCUGGCAUCCCUAAGAUGCAGCACAGACUAAAUGAACUGUGUAAGAUCUUGGGUGAAGAUUCGGUUCUAAAGACAUCAGAACACAAGGAUGAGGAGUGAGAGAAAUCUGGAGAUGCUUGAUGUUCAAACACACACACAUGUUUUGGUACUUUUAAAGUUUUAACCUUGAUUUAAAAAUACGGUUUGUAUAACUGACACUUUAAUGAUUUAAUUCUAUACUGAAACAACUGUUUAAAUUUGAUUGUAAAAAAGAUUUAGACUUGGUUUGUUUAAAAAUAUAUAUAUUUUAAUUAUUUUGUUGUAUUGUUUUGCGUUUUGCUUUUUCAUUUUGUUUUCGCUUUGCUUUUGUGGUUUUGUAAUUUUGUUUGUGUUUAGCUUUUUUUCUCGCUUUUUUUAUUUUUAUUUUUAUUUUGUUUUGUGUUUGUUUAGCUUUUUGUUUUCAAUUUACACAUUUGUUUUUGCUUUUUGUUUGGUUGUUUUUUCCUUAAUUAUUUGGUUUACUUUUUCAGCACUUUAGGUAAACUCAUUAUCCAAGAAUCCAAACAGUAAAGUGUUUCCAAGUUUAUGAUGGCUUACAGUAACUCAGCAGAGAUGGAUUCUCCUUUCUUGUGUUAGAAUUCCCAGUUAGUCUUUUUUUUAAUUCUUAAGAUAUGUUGUUGGUUUUUCUCAUAUAGUUUACUCCUAAUUGUUUUUUUGUUUUGUUUUUUAUAAAUAUUUUACCUUUAACAACUUACCUAAAAGCAAAAACUUGGUAACCUGUGGUAAAACCAAUAGUGAUGAAACAUUUUUUAUGGAUUUUUAAAUGGAAGAUCAUGUAGGUCACAUGCACAUAAACAGUCUUUUACACAAUCAGCCUCUGAAAGAUAGAGAGAUUUUGUAAGAGAAAUACAGAGAAAGAGAGAUGAGUAUCUGUAGGUCAUUGUGUGUGUCAGCUGCAGGGCUCUAGGUUUAAGACAGCGGGUGUCUGGUCUUCUUAAAUACAAUAUGCUGGAUACACACACUGAGUGCACAGGCACAGCUGGUGUUUUUUUUUUUUUUUUUUUGUGUCCACACUGAGAUGGUCUCUAGUGUACUAUAACAAAUGAACUGAGAAUGUGGGACUUACUUUCUGGGUCACAGAACUAAACAAGAAACUUGUUACUCAUGUUAUGUAUUAUUCCUCGGCUUCAUCAUGUUAGAUUGUAUUAUUUGAACAAAUGUAUUGCACAUAUGUGUCUUUUAAUUUUUUAGACUGAUAUAUUGUUAAGUUUGUCAAAUGGCUGUGGUAUGUUUAACUUCAUGUGUUUAUUUUAAGAGCAAAUGCAGCACUGACAAUGUUGAAUAUUUUCAUUUUAAUGAUACAGAGCUACAUUUGUAGUUUUAUUUUUGUUUCAUACCAUUCUGUUAAGUACUUAGUUUCACAAUUUUGAAACGCUACUUUGGUACAAACAUUUUCUUUGCAAGCAAAUAAAACAACUACAAGAUGCUGGACAGAACUAACAUUAUUUUAACCCUUCAGUCUUUUUAAAGAGCAAAAAUGACCGGAAUGGCAACUUUAUUUUACACUCCUAAACAGUAAGUGCUUAUAUGGAUCACAUAAUUAUCAGCCACCGUUUGUUCAACUAUCUGAUCAUCCUAGUAAUGUAAAUACUUUUUGAUAUUACAUUACAUUACCUAUGAAAUGAUUACCUGUGGAAUAUACUGAUGAUUUGCCAUCCAUCUAUCUAUCUUAGUCUUUAUAUUUUGCACAUUGGACUUGCUGAGACUAUACUGCUGGGUGCAGUACUGCAUGUUGUCCAGAUGGAGUUGUUAAGUUCUUAGUUUUUUUUUUUUUUCUCAAUAGAACCUUAUGUUGUGCUUGUCAAGAAUAAAUAAAUAGAUAAUGAAAUAUGUAAUUCUAUAAAAAUGUUGAAAAGUAAAUAAAAAAAUAAAAGGUGAAU